AUGGCAACUGAAGGAGAUAUCUUCCCGUCGAAAACUUGUGGUAUCCCUCUACGUCGUACGAGUGUACGUCUUCGUUGUCGGGGUUGGAAUCGCUUGCUUAAUAUGAGCGAGGAUUUUCUGGAGGCAGAUGAGGAUGAGGAGUCACUUGAGGAAGAGGACGAGGACGAGGAGUCGCUGGAUGAGGAAGACGAGGACGAGGACGAAGACGAAGACGAUGAGUCGCUGGAGGACGAGGAGUCAGAGUCGCUGUAUGAAGAAGACGAUGACGAUGACGAAGACGAUGAGUCGCUGGAGGAAGAGGAAGAGGACGAGGAAGCAGGAGAAGAAGUCACUAAGGCCCCAAGACUGAUGGGAAUAGCUGGGUCUGCGCGCGCUGGGUCCUCCUUGGACUUGUCACUGGAGUUGGCGUCCGUCUCCUUGUCAAUCUCACGACGUUUUGGCAGGGUAGUUGCAGAGACUGGUUGGGUGCCGUGGAAAAGUGCAAGUGCGAGUACAAUUGAAAGUGCGAGCCGGCUGAAGGACGGGAUAAAAAGUAACAUAGUUAAUGAGGAUGUAUUGGGUGAUGAUAUGAUAUCAAAUGUAAGAUUGAGAGAUAAAUCGAUAAUCCGUUCAUAUAAAGGGAAUGCUAUAGGAUAUCGAUGGGGUACUUUUUCCAAAUAG